AGAAAUUAAAAUAUUAAUCUGUCAUGUGCGGUGCGAUAUGUCGGAAUUUUCUGCGAGUCUAUUUUCGAAUAUUUUCCGAAUUCUUUGCUUAACGGAGUGAAAUAUAAUCGAUGUGAAAAUGGCUAUUUGUUUGCGUACAUUUUCCCACAAGAUUUUACCAAUAAAUGGAAUCGUUUCCACCAAAAACCAUUCCAACCGUUUAUCGCGAAAGAUCCCUAUGCGUACGCAAUUUCUGGAAGAUUUCUUAAACCGGCGUCGCAUAUCAAGUUGCCAGCCAGCACCUAAAUGUACCACGGAGAGUAGCAUUGACGACAUAUACCUCCACGAGUUCGCGGUCUCCAACAGUUUACAGUCUCAGGAACCCAAACGUCGACCAAUAGAGAGUUUGGAUGGUUUGAGAACGGAUAGCGAUAAUUAUCGUAAUUAUAAUGGGGAUGGAAUAGGAAUCCGAACACUUGGGUUGACGUCCGAUGACUAUAUUGAACCAAGAACACCUCCUUACGCAUUCAGUGAUAUAACCAGCAACAGUAUCAAUAUAGAUUUAACAAAGUUUAAUAAUGAGAAUAUAGAACCAACCUGCCUGUCUGAUUUUGAGAGAAAUGCCGUAGCAUACUGUAGCAGUCCAUCACCUGUGACACUGCAGAAGGAGAUCCCCUCUCCAUCCCCAGAGCCUUCGAAGGAAGGCAAACCCAGUGAGGAGCAGCUGAUGAAUGUGUAUAAUGUUCUCUCCACUACAAUGCCAAAUCUGUUCAUAAAGCCACUGGAUUACUCUAUCUACCAUCCAAACCUCGUUUUUGUCAACAACAUUAGGGGAACUACCACUGUAGGGUUGUUCCACUAUGUGAAACAAAUUGCACUUCUCCGGACAAUUGGGCACAUCAAGUUUGCGUACGUCAGGUUCGAAAUCAUGAAGAUUACUGCCCACCCUGAGGACUCCACUGUCAAAAUGCGCUGGCGCGUGCGAGGCAUAUCCGGGUUUAAAGUGUUCUUCAUGUUCUGGAAGUACAAGCUGUGGAACAUGAAACAGGUGUGGCAUGACCAGGAACUGUGGUACGAUGGCUUCUCUACGUUCUAUAUUGGAAGUGACGGUCUCAUUCACAAACACGUUUGUGACAAGGUGAUGCCAGACCAAGACACCAUAAUAGAUGAUGAAGAGAAGGCUCCGAUAGCAGCUAAGUUAGCGCUCCUCAUUGGCUUGCUCCCGCGCAACUACCUGUCAGAUGUGUCGCCCUACUUCAGCUCCUCUGUCGGUACGCCCGACCCCACGACGCUACCCUUCAAAAUCAUAGAGUAGCAGUGUUGCCAUAUGAACAAAUCUUAUGCGCAUAGAAAAUGUUACUGUUUGGUGAUCUCUCCGUAAAAUAAUCGAAAGUUUCCGUGAUUUCACCAGUAUUUAUGAAUGUUAUCCAAAAAGAUUUACAUUGGAUGCUCUUGGAAAUUACAUAGGCUUUAGCGUCACUUUAAAUAUUGUAUCGAAAUCAUGUCGCUUUAGUCGAACAUCUUAAAAGAUACUCAAGACAAAUAUUGUUAUGAUUAUGACUUAUAAAAGGUUGGUGCAAAAUAUUAUAUCAAACACGACUUGCAUGUUUUGAUAAUUGUUAUUUAUUUAUAAUUAUAAAUUCAUUUUGCUUUCAAUGAGAUGUUAUUUUUUUCACAGCUUCUAAUUUGUAUUUGUAGGCAAUUUAUUUGGCGUAGUGAUAUCUAUAACUGUGAACGCCUUGUAGACUAAUAUGGAAAAACGUAUUGUAUCGUGGUACAAUAAAGUUUUAAUAACAUUA